GGAAGGAGCGCCGCGCCUGGGGAGGAGGCGGCGGCUGGAGGAGCGCGAGCGGCGGCAGCGGCAGCGGCAGCCCUGUCCGGGGCCGCGACGGUCGCCGGGGCCGCCGGAGGACCGAGCGGCUGCCGCGAUGGAGCAGCUAUCAGAUGAAGAAGUUGACCAUGGUGCUGAAGAAGACAGUGACAAGGAAGACCAGGAUCUGGACAAAAUGUUUGGAGCCUGGCUUGGGGAACUGGACAAACUCACUCAGACUUUGGAUUCUGACAAACCCAUAGAACCAGUGAAAAGAUCUCCUCUUCGCCAGGAAACAAACAUGGCCAAUUUUUCUUAUCGUUUCUCCAUAUACAACUUGAAUGAAGCUCUGAAUCAGGGAGAGACUGUGGAUCUGGAUGCCCUGAUGGCUGAUCUUUGCUCUAUAGAGCAGGAGCUCAGCAGCAUUGGUUCAGGAAAUAGUAAGCGUCAAGUCACAGAACCGAAAACUACGCAGAAAUUACCUGCUAAUCGACAUACAUCAAAACAUGGCACCUUGAAAGGAUUAUCUUCUUCAUCUAAUAGGAUAACUAAACCUCCUCAUGCUAACUACUCCCUAGAUGACAUCACUGCACAAUUAGAACAGGCCUCCUUGAGCAUGGAUGAGGCUGCUCAGCAGUCUCUACUAGAAGAUACUAAGCCCUUAGUAACUAAUCAGCACAGAAGAACCGCCUCAGCGGGCACAGUGAGUGAUGCUGAAGUUCGCUCUAUUAGUAACUCCUCACGUUCUAGCAUCACUUCUGCGGCCUCCAGCAUGGAUUCUUUGGAUAUUGAUAAAGUGACACGCCCUCAAGAACUGGAUUUGACAUCUCAGGGGCAGCCAAUUACUGAGCAUGCUAUUUCUCUGAGAUGUCCCAGCAAGCAGGCCAAGCGUCAUAUUGACUUCACAGAAGAACAGGCUGAGCUGACACCUCACUCCUAUCUGGACAGGGAAACCUCCCUUCUUCUGAGAAACAUUGCAGGAAAACCUUCUCAUUUGCUGACCAAGGAGGAACAGGCAGCAAAAUUGAAAGCUGAGAAGAUCAGAGUCGCCCUAGAGAAAAUUAAAGAGGCACAAGUAAAAAAGCUGGUGAUUAGAGUCCACAUGUCUGAUGACAGUUCAAAAACAAUGAUGGUGGAUGAGCGGCAGACAGUGAGACAAGUGCUGGAUAACCUGAUGGACAAAUCCCACUGUGGUUAUAGUUUAGACUGGUCUCUGGUAGAGACCAUUUCUGAGUUACAAAUGGAGAGAAUCUUUGAAGACCAUGAAAACUUGGUUGAAAAUCUUCUUAAUUGGACAAGAGAUAGCCAAAACAAGCUUAUAUUUAUGGAGCGUAUAGAAAAAUAUGCACUUUUCAAAAAUCCACAGAAUUAUCUUCUAGGGAAAAAAGAAACAGCUGAAAUGGCAGAUAGAAACAAAGAAGUGUUGUUAGAGGAAUGUUUCUGUGGAAGUUCUGUAACUGUACCAGAAAUUGAAGGAGUACUUUGGUUGAAGGAUGAUGGCAAGAAGUCCUGGAAAAAACGUUAUUUUCUGUUGCGAGCAUCUGGUAUCUACUAUGUCCCUAAAGGAAAAGCAAAGGUCUCUCGGGAUCUGGUGUGCUUUCUCCAGCUGGAUCAUGUCAAUGUUUAUUAUGGCCAGGACUAUCGGAACAAAUACAAAGCACCUACAGACUAUUGCCUGGUGCUUAAGCACCCACAGAUCCAGAAGAAAUCUCAGUAUAUCAAAUACCUUUGUUGUGAUGAUGUGAGGACUCUGCAUCAGUGGGUCAAUGGGAUCCGUAUUGCAAAGUACGGGAAGCAGCUCUAUGUGAACUAUCAAGAAGCCUUGAAGAGGACGGAAUCAGCUUAUGAUUGGACUUCCUUAUCCAGCUCCAGCAUUAAAUCAGGAUCCAGUUCUUCUAGCAUCCCAGAGUCUCAGUCAAACCACUCUAAUCAGUCUGAUAGUGGAGUGUCUGACACCCAGCCAGCUGGACACAUUCGUUCCCAGAGCAUAGUGAGCUCCAUCUUCUCCGAAGCUUGGAAACGAGGCACUCAGUUGGAAGAAUCCAGCAAGGCCAGAAUGGAAUCUGUGAAUCGGCCCUACACUUCACUUAUGCCCCCUUUAUCCCCACAAACCAAGAUAGUCACUCCCUACACUGCCUCACAGCCUUCACCUCCUCUGCCUCCACCCCCUCCUCCCCCUCCUCCCCCACCACCUCCCCCUCCCCCCCCACCUCCCCCACUCCCUAGUCAGUCCGCCCCAUCUGCAGGCUCAGCUGCCACCAUGUUUGUCAAGUACAGCACAAUCACCAGGCUGCAGAACGCAGCUCAGCAUUCAGGGCCCCUAUUUAAGCCCCCACCACCCCCAGCGAUGCAGUCCCUGUCUUUGGCCUCACAGUCAGUCAAGCCUCAGAUCCUGGUGCCCCCAAGUGGGGUUGUUCCACCACCCCCACCCCCUCCUCCACCCCCGACCCCUGGUUCAGCUAUGGCCCAGCUAAAGCCAGCACCGUGCGCCCCAUCCCUUCCACAGUUCAGCCCCCCUCCUCCUCCACUGAAGAUUCACCAAGUUCAGCAUGUUUCUCAGGCAGCUCCUCCCACACCCCCACCAGCUCCUCCCAUCCCUGCAGUCCUCCCUCCCCAAGCCCCCCCUAAGCCCACUGUGACCAUCCCCCCACCAACCAGCACCAAGACUGUGCCCCCGGUUGUGGCACAAGCUGCACCGCCCACCCCCGCUCCUCCAAUGCCCCCAGCAAAAAAGCCGGUAGUGUUCCCCAUUUCUCACAUUCCGCCCUCUGCGCCUGCGCCUGCUCCCGUUCAGGCUCCAGCUCCCGCUCCCCCGCCCACACUGCCCAAGCAGCAGAGCUUCGGUGCAAAGCCCGCUCCGCCCCCACUGUCUCCCAUGCCCUCCCUGGUGAAGCAGAUGGCCAGCCAGUUCCCACCCCCUCCGACCCCUCCCCCUGUGGAAGCUCAGCCCUCAAAGCCCAUCCCAGCAAACCUCACUCCACAGUCCCCUCCUGCCGUGAAAGCAAAGCCCAAGUGGCAGCCCAGUUCCAUCCCUGUUCCUUCUCCCGAUUUUCCUCCUCCCCCUCCUGAAAGCAGCCUGGUGUUUCCUCCACCACCACCGCCACCACCACCGCCACCACCUCCUCCACCAGUCCCUACCCCAGCCCCACCAUCAGUGCCACCCACAGCUUCUACCCCUGACAAAGGUGGAUCUCCAGGCAAAAAGCCCAGUAAGAUGUCCAGUCCUGGGGGAAAGAAACCACCCCCUACCCCACAGCGCAACUCCAGCAUUAAGUCCAGCAGUUGUGCAGAGCACCCCGAGCCUAAGAGACCCUCGGUAGACAGUCUAGUCAGCAAGUUUGCACCACCAACAGAAACAGGGUCUCCCAUCAAGGAGACCCCACUCCCUCCUGCAGCACCCCCCAAACCUGGAAAACUACAUCUUUCUGGAGUCGGCCUUCCUGGUGUUCUCCAACAAGGGUGUGUGUCAGCAAAACCCUCUGUUCUGAGUGGGCGUGCAAAGGACUCCGUGGUGGAAUUUCCUUCUCCUCCAUCUGAUUCUGAUUUUCCACCCCCUCCACCUGAAAUUGAGCUUCCUCUACCCCCCAUCGAGAUUCCAGCAGUAUUCUCGGGAAACACCUCUCCAAAAGUGGCAGUUGUUAAUCCUCAACCACAGCCAUGGUCUAAAACAUCAGUGAAGAAGGCACCCCCACCCACACGACCCAAACGGAAUGACAGCACCCGCCUCACUCAAGCAGAGAUCUCUGAGCAGCCAGUAAUGGCCACAGUUGCACCACAAGUGCCCACCUCGCCCAAAUCCAGCCUUAGUGUCCAGCCUGGAUUCCUGGCCGACCUCAACAGGACACUGCAACGGAAAUCCAUCACUCGGCAUGGCUCGCUGUCGUCCUCUCGCGUGUCCAGAGCAGAACCCACAGCCACUAUGGAUGAUAUGGCAUUGCCCCCACCACCCCCUGAACUGCUCUCUGAUCAACAGAAGGCUAAUUAUGGAGGCAGUCAUAUCUCAGGCUAUGCAACAUUGCGCAGAGGUCCCCCUCCUGCACCCCCUAAAAGAGACCAGAACACUAAGCUCUCGAGAGACUGGUAGCCACCACAGGACUUUGUAUACUCCAUGCUAUCUGUAAUCAGUUCUACAAUCAGCUCACCUGAUCCUCUGUGAAUUCAGGUGUUCAGAGCCUCCUGGUGUGAUGAUGAUGUUAUUCAGGUAGUGUUCAGUUGUAUGUAUGUGUACAUACAUGUUCAGCUGUGUGUACGUGUAUACACAUGCUAUGCAGAAGUUGUGUGUGUGUGUGUGUGUGUGUGUACAUGCAUAGAGAAAAAGAGCCAAGAAUGGUUCUAUUUAUACCUUUCCUCUUCCACUCUGCAAAUGAAGUUCAUGUAUUUGGAUGGAAGAGGCAUGGAAGGAGAUAGUGUUCUGUCUCUUAUGAUUUCUUUUGUCUAUCAUGUGGAUUGGACCAAAACUUCUAAUUGCUUAUUUAGAAGGUAUUUUAUCAGUGUCUGUCCAUGUGCAGCCUACUUGUGCAUGUUGUGUAUUAUAUAAUUAAGGAAUAGAUGUAUAAUGUGCUCUUUCUCAGUUGAGAAAACAACCAGAAUGUGUGAUAUUAUCUACAGGGCUUCUGUCUUUGUUUUUUUUUUUCCCCAAUGGAUGUUAGAACUGCUUGACUGAUACUUCACUAUUACACAUUAAGGGGCACUUUAAAUCAGGAAAAAUCUUUUAGCUUCAUAGAACAGGUAAUAGUGCAGGAGGAGGAAACUUUUCACAGAUAUUGUCUUUGUGGUUGUGCAUUGAAAGUAAAUCCAUGGCGUGACCAAAUCAUUCUAGUUGUAGGACUCCUGCAGUAAUUCCACCCACACCUAGGCCAUGUUCUCUCACAGGUAAGCUCUUUGCCUAAAAUACAUGGAUACUUUUUAAUGCUACAGUGCUGGGUGGUUUCUUUGAGUAGUUUUACAAAGCUUCAUCAACUUGACUUCAUGAUACUUGCUUUGAUUUAUUGUGAAAAUGUCCAACACGAUAUCUCUGUAAUGCACUUUCCCAGUAUGUCUUUGGGUCACCAGUUACCUUAAGUGUGUGCUUUAGAUAGAUGUCGAUAUCUGUAGCUCAGUGGUAUAUGAAAUAUACACAUCCUGUGCCCAAUAUGGUGCAUUACAAAAAAAGUCAUCUUCUGAAAUACCCAUCUUUUGUAUGUAUUGCUCUCUGGAAGGUGAGGUGAGAAAAGAACAAAACUGGGACCUCUACAAGUGUUCUGUGUGGGUUAUAAUAUGUAAUACAGAGAAUCCUCUAGAUAUGGGGCUGUCACAGAGGGAAAGAAAAUGAGGUUUUUGAUCAUUGGCAUCCAUAGCUGGUUGUGCCUGGCUGUAGAGACUGUUCAGUUACCAGGUGUUCUGAUGGAGUAGUGCAGUAGUCCAAGUACAGUAAGUGACAUUACAUAUCAUGCAUGUGCAGUUCAGUAUAACACAAUCAUUGCUCUAAUGAUUCACUAUCCUCCUAUAUGCUUCACACUGUCCUCCUUCAUACUUUCUGUACAUUUUUCUUUGAUACAUGAGAGAAAUAUGUACUCUCAUCAGUUUAUGAUGACAAAUUGUUAGGAAUAAAAUGCAGUCUUAGACCUGCUCUUAAACAGAAUAAAAACUGGCCAUCCCAGCAAUUACAAAUGAAUACAUCUUGUAAUGAAAGUCUAUGCCUGUUGGAAGAAUUACCAGUUAAAUUACAGAAAUCUUUUGGCACCUCCCCACAAGGAGAAAGUGAUGCCGAUGAAGUGGGGCAAAGAAUGUGAGAAUAAAAUUACACUGUGAGUGCAAGGUAUCACUGUAACCCACUCUCCCAGAAAGCACUGCAUCAUAAUAGAAUAGCUGCCUCCCCUCCAUUGCCACAUCUCCAGGAUAUUGUACAAUAUAGUCACGUGGUUAUGGAGCAAUAAGAAUACAUACCAUUGUGCAUUUCUUAGUCUUCUUUAAAAGAUCUUUUUUGAUCUUUCAAAUUAUAAGUUUCAUGUGCUUGACAUACUUAUGAAGUGACCUUCAUCUGCAUUGUUAAUUUAAGCAUGCACAGUUCGGGUUACCAUUGAGUACUGAUUGCCAAGCUCCACUGUGACUCCGUUGAAGUAACUUCCCAGUCUUCUACUGCUGCUUUAUGUUCUAAGGAUCACCCAUAUGUGCAGGGUAAUGAGCUAUUAAGACUGAAUCCAGUUACCUAUCCGUCCUAAGGAUUUUGUUUUGAGCUUUUUGUUUUUGUGGGAUUUUAAGGAAGGUAGAUGGACAACUUCAACUUUCAUUGAGGGGAGAAAAUAAUGUACCUCCAAUCUUCUUUCACCUAUGAUCUGAGCCCUAAAACAACUUUUGUUUUUUCAUUGUGUGAUUUCUUAUUUAUAUCCUGAUGAUAGCCAUCCUGGAACCACUGCUCCUGGUUUAUUUUCUUGGACGAGCAGACAUCACUGAGCCCUGGUGAUGGCAAGAAGUGAUCACGGCCAGAGCAGCAACCAUGCCAUUUCUAUCCCUAGUCCGCUGGCUGGCUGACUACUGGCUUUUCCUGUACACGUCUCCAAAGAUGGAAACUGCUAUUAAUUAAAAACAAAUGAAAAACCUUUUACAUGUUAUACAGCUGAAUCAAAAGAAUCCAAAAGUGACACUUUUUCUAGUGUUUUCCUCCCUGUUGGGUUUUCUUUAACUUGGGUUUUUGUUGGGAUGAUGUUGGGGACUGGGAACCGUGUAGGUUUUAAUCCCGAGACUACUUAUUUUUGUAAAACACCUACUGCCAGAUGACACUAGGACUGUGCCUUCUUCCACUGCCUUCUGCUCUGCAGCUCCAGCCCCACAUGGCUUUUUCAAGCCAAUGAAGGAGAUGGAUGGCUGGCUGUCCUGUACUGAGUGCAGACACAGGCGAGUUCACCCUGCUGCUGGGGGAGGUGCACACAGGUGCCUAUUAGAGCCAGUGAUUUCCUUAAUUGGGACACCCUUAAUUUUUACAGUAGAUGAUUUCAGAAUUGGAUCACUCUAUGCUUAAAAAUUUUGGCACCAACUCUGAAGGACAAGAGAACCUUGUCUCAGUUGAUAAAACAACUUACAUCAGGUUCAUGGGUGGAAAUAUGUUAGACUAUUCUGUAUUGAAUUUUAUCAGCUUGGCUUUUACUACUCAAAAACCUAGAUUUUUUUUCCCCUUCUUAACUGCUGUAAUUCUCAUACAGAGAAAUUACUAAUUUUUUAGAUAGCCACUUAACUGUAACAGCAAACCAGACUUUUAAAAUUUGAGACUUGUUAAAUGCCUGCAUCUUAAGUUAUGGAAACUACUUUCAUCAGAAAAUUUCAAGUCAAUAAUGAAAACAUGAUGGUGUUUUACAGUCCUCUCAACUCAAGGUGCUCCUGCCCACGAACGGCCUGUCUUACAAAGGGCCGUGCACUGUCUUGGGUCUCUUCUCUGUACAUGUUUACCAUGAGAAACAACGCUAAGGAAGUCAAAAUUGAGAGGUAUAAUUCCAGUAAGGUGACAGUUCUGAAACCAAGAAUAGAAACUGCAUAUCCAAUUGAAGUUUCAAAAAGCUGCUCUUCUAGAAUACUGCUGCUAAUAAGCUGUUUCAAGAAUAUAAGGUUAUAAAAUUAGCCUGUAAAAUGUUUGAGUUAAUGGUAUGGAUUGGUUUGAUUUUGGUUAUCCAACAGAACCCUUUGUCACCUCUGCUCCUCAACCAAAAACAAGUUUUAUGUUAAAAAACAGGAGGUAAUUUUUUAACAAGAAACCCAUUUCUGUUUUUUAUAUGUUACCAAAUGUUUUCAUAUGCUCUCAGAACUAACAUUUUAACUGGUGUAAAAAAUUUUAUUUAAAUUUAGGCCAACUGAAUCUGUAUACCCCUGUGAUUAUCGAUGUGAUAACUCACUUUCAGUAAAAUGGCUAUACACCUCAUGAGAAAAAUUCUUUAAAAAUAAAAAAGUCCCUGUAGAUGGCAAAUACAGCUUUACACCAUUUUAUAAAGCAUGGUAUCCCUAACCUGAGGAAUAUGUGACCUCACAAAGUUGACAUUUGAUCCAAAGAGAAACUGCAAGUAGAACAGAAUUAAAUAUACCACUAUUUUAAGAUGUUACUUUUAAACUCCAAAAGAACAUUUUUACACCUUUACCAUUCUAACACUCAAAAAAUAAAAAGUGCUCAGUUGUAAUUGUCCUUAAAAAGAUCUAUAUGUAAAAGAAAUCUGAAAUCUAGUUGAAUAAACUUGCUCAAUUAGAAAUAGGCAAAUACUUCAUAAAUACUUGAAGGGGAAAAAUAAUGGGUUUGCUCUUGGCUUAUUUGAAUAAAUCAUUUAGAAAACUAUUUGCUAUAAUUAAUCCCCAGUGCCUUGAACUCUUUUGGAGGAACAGCAUUUAAAAAUAAAAAAUAAAAAUAAAAAAUAAAAAAACCCAGCAAGCAAACUUUGAGGUGCUAAUGAAAGGGAAAGAAGGUAAUCCUACUUCUGGCAAAAAUGGAAAAAGUGAUAGUUUCACAAGAGAUGGCUUCAUCUACCUAAACGAGGUCUGGCUGCUUUCUACCAAAGAUGUUUGAAGAAAUGAGUUAGGAUGAUGAUGAAUAUUACAUAAUUAAAAGAUGGCCAAAUUCAGAAGUGUGUUGGUCACAGGUAGAUAUUAACACCAAGUGCACAUGAUUGUUAGAGCCUCAACCUCUUCUUAGGCAGUAAAAUAUGUCUGCAGUACUUGGGGGAGGGCUCUACAUUUUGGAAACUGUCCAUUGCUUGUUAAAUUUAUUAUAACCUAAUACCAAAAACUGCUGUUUUUCAUGAUUCCCCAUCUCCAUUUUUUUAUUUGUAAAUAAUCCCUUUUAGAAAAUAAGCAUUAACUGGAAUGUUUCAAAUGAUUCUGCUUAAUUUUGUUAUCAGCCACUAGUGAAUAAUUCUUAUAGAGAUGUAUGUUUAAGGUAAAAUAAGUUUGUGCUAAGUGUUAUAAAAACAUUGUUGACUGUUCUAAAGGCAAAUUGCACAUUAUAUUUAACUGGGAUUGCUCCCUCCCCUCCAUUUCUUUAAAGAGAAUCAAGGCUUACACUGACUUUAGGCAGUGUGAGCUUUGCCAUAGAUACAUUGUAGAAAUAUCUUUUUUAAAGCAUGAAAAAAAUGACAAAAGGAACAUUUUAAAUACUGGUUAGAGGACAUUCAGAGGACACUAUGUACAGCUCGGUAAAGAUGAAGUUAACAAAGAUGCUUCUUUUAGCUUUGUUGAGAUUUUCUUCUGCAUAAAUGUAUGCUCUCAUUUCAUUAUGUGCCUUGCUCCCUGAUUGUGCAAAACUAUAUAUAUAUAAUAUAUAUAUAUAUAUAAAAAAUAUAUAUAAGAGGUAUAUUCAGUACUACUGACGAUGUUUUGUUCUACUGGAUUAAGUUAUUUUCCAAAUUAUUCUUGCCAGUUAUUGUCAGUAAACUAUGGUAAUGGUUUAGGACAGUAGUCAUCCAGUCAGCGUGAAUCUGUUCUUCUAGUUACAUGUUUUCAUUAUGUCAGCUUACCCAGUCCUUAAUAAAAAAGUAUGUAAGUAUAUAUAAAAGAGAUCCCAUGUAAACACGGGGACUUUGAGUGUUUGUGGAUCGGCACCAUUAAGAAUCUGGUUUUGGUCAAGGAACCCCCAAAAUAAGCUGUCUAUUAAGAACAAAUUAAUUAAGUGUGAAGGUGAAUACGUUUGAUGUGUUUAAUUUAAUAAUUUAUAUCAAUAUACUGAGGGAGCUUUGGCUAUUAAAUACAUUAGUAAUUAAGACCUAAGUUUUUUCUUUAAAUAAAGUACAACUAGGUAUA